AUACCGACACAAUGACAGCUUUUGUGUCUUUUUUGUGUGUGAGUGUAAGACGACGAGACAGGUGGCAGUGUUCGGGUUUUAUUUGGACCUCUAUAAUAAAUUGACAUAAGCGUUAAAUAAGUAGACCGCAAACAACCUAUGGCAUAUACCUUUAUCUUUUGCUGUUUACAUGUUUUUUUUAUGACGUCAGUUCAGGGAUGUAUGACCAUUUAAAAAUAGAUUGAACUCAUUUGAAUAAAGGAUCCCCUGUCACUGACUUCAUUUUUUACAGCUAUUUGGACAAACCCCUUGAUAAAUCACUCCUCCCUGUUCGACUUUCAUUUCCCGUUUUUAUUGGGUGUGGUGUGGGUCUCAUUUUUACAGAGAAAUGUUUGUGAAAAUGAUAGCCUAAAGAAAAUAUGUCCGUCAACUUUAAAGCACGCAUUUCUAAUACUGGCAGCUUAAAUGUCAUGUGGAAUAUGUCAAGUGUCUAUGAAUAAAAUGCAACGUAAGGUUUUUUUUUUUCAAUGAGCUAAUAGGUUUAGGCUACUGUUUAUAGCCAGAUAGCGGAGCGAGAGCCACGGAAUCCCCGAGUCACACCCACGCGCGUGACUCACUGGCCAGGGAUUUCCGUCUUUGAAAUUACAAGACAGGGGUGCGAGGGUAUCCCAGCCGCUAAAGCCCACUCAUUCGGACAUUUUAAGCACGAAAAUCAGUCUUGUGUAAAAUAGUGUCAUGCGACCUUUAAACCUGUUGCGAGUGAUAAAAGAAGCAUUGUUAUUAGAUAUCUUGAAGAUGAUCAGGUGUUUCUCGACAUCAAUAACGUUGGCGAUUGUUGUAACACAUUUACAACGUAAUUUUACCUUAAUUAAAAAAAAAAAAGUCAAAUUAGACUAAUGUCAAAACAUAGCAAUCUGUAUGUUUGUGUUAGUCACUUCUUAGUUGUAGAAACUGUAGCCUACAUAUAUAUUGUCCUGAUGUAUAUAUAUAUUGUCCUUAUGAUUUUAUGGUCCAAUAGAGGACAGCGUCCAGUGUGUGGAGAUAAAUUAUAGUUUUACAACUACUGUAACCUCAGAAGAGUAACCCUUAUUUCACCCCUUCACCCCUAAAUGAUUUAAAUACAUAUUGAGACAUUUUGGUAUAACUUUCUGAAUUUGCCUAUCUUUAAAGACAUUAUAACCAUUGUUUUCAUUCCAGAUUUUUCUUAAUCUUUCAGAAAUAUAGAAUGUUAUUGGCAGUUGUACAUGUCCAUUGUGUGUUAACACAGUGUUGAGCAGUAGCCCAUCUUUUCUCUUAACCUUUUGAGUCGGCUUUAAAAAGCAAGAGCCAGAGAAGUGGAGUAAUUCAAAGAAACUGGAAUGGAGAACAAACAAGAGAGAUAAGGAAAGGAGUGAUCCUCUCAAGGUUAUCCCCAGUGGGAUUUCCGUCUUCCUCUUUUGACUCCCCUUCACCAUAAGAAUUACUUAAUGUUUUGCCGAAACCAGUCGCUUUUCCUGUAAAAGGGAUACCUUGUAGAAUGAAACGCAAGUAGGCCUAGCUCUUCUGUCCAAGCUAUGAAUAGAUAAAUCAACUGAAACACUAUUAUAUACUGUAUACACAACUAUUAUCACAUCAUGAAGGUGCAUAAUAUAAUCCGGAAAUACCCAUAAAAGAUGAUAAAAUAACUUCAAAGUGUUUCCCUCACAGUGCUGUGUUUGUAAGAACUAUCUGUGCUUGAUACAAUAAUUCAAUAAAUAUAUUAGAUUUUUUUCCCUCCAGUUUAGCUGUGAUCUGUGCAGCUGAUUUCAGCUCAUUACUACCACUCAACGAAAUGCUAGACAGGCAUCAAAUCUGACUCUGAAUCAGUAUCGAAGCAUCUGUUCAUACACCUCUGAUGGGGCCCCUGCGAAAGACAUACGUCACUGGUACAGGAAGAAGAUGUGGUUUGCCACGAAGAGCGUAACGGAGAAAAGGAAAUAGUUACAGAGAGUGUGCUGCGAGAGCCCUCUCCAUAGACGCAGGGUUUCUGAUGUAGACAGGUAGACGUAACCUCACCACCUCUUUUCCAAAUGGAAUACCUUCCUCACGGGUGAAAGGAUGAGCACUAUACUCCUUCGGUGGAAAUUUGGUUCUUAUCUCACGUUUGGGGUCAAGAUUUUGAAGAAACUUUCCUUCCUUCUGCUCUAGAAUACGUAACUGAUGCCCACUGGAAACCUCCGAUAUUUGCAUUCUUGUCUUUUUCAGUUUCUUUUGGUGACUAACGCAAGAAAAAAUACAGUUCAAGUCAUACCAGCACCUGUUAUUAAAAACGGCCCUGGGGAAAUCACGUUACUGGAGAAAUCAAUCAGAUUUACUUGAAAACAACAACAAUAAAUGUGUAUCCGCACCGAAGGAAAAGGCGUGUUACCCUCUGCCCACAGUGAAGAAACUCCUGGAGCAGAAGAGAAAGAGAGAGACCUCCUCAGCACCACCCUCCUGCUCUGCAGCAUCGUACACUGCAUCUGUCCCAGUGUUGGCAUCAGAACAAUCUCCCACUGCCGGAGCCAGUGCAAGCUACACAGACAUGGGAGCAGUCGGAUAUGACCGAUGGGAAGUUCCCAGCAUUCAUCAGGCACAUUCCUCACUACAGCAGUGCAGCCCUUUCACGUUCAUGCCUAGUUCCUCCGCUGUACCAAACUUUACCCAAACUGGACAGACGCUUGCCACUGGCUACAGCCCUCAGCAAAUGCAAGACUGCCAGGAUGCUCAGACAACACAGCAAUAUUCUAUAACAGAGUGCCCUGUAACUGCAGCCGGGACUGAUAUGACUGGGACUGUCCCCAUUCAGACCUCUGGCUUGUGCUGGCCAUCUGAGUCCAGAGCAGCGGAUCACACAAGCCCAUACCUUCUCCAAGAGUUCAGGCCCCAGAUGGAUAUGGUGAAGCUGCAGGAGGCCAGAGUCUUCCUGCAGAACAUGGAUUACAGUAGGACCACCUGGCAGGAUGAUGAUGGGGACACCAUUCUACAUAUCUACACCGCGAAAGGCCUGAGGGAAUAUGCUUUUGCUGCUGCGGAGAAACUUAGUGAACUGGGGAAGUUGGAUUCUAAAGAACACAAGGGCAAGACUGCUUUGCUUGUGGCUGUAACUGCCAAUCAGCCAGAUAUAGUCCAGGAUCUACUCUCCCUAGGAGCGGACAUCAGCAUCUGUGACGUCAACGGUCAAACUGCACUCCACCUGGCUGCCACCUAUGGUUUCCCUCGUAUCAUGCAGGUUGUUCUCUAUGCUGGACUGCGAGUGGACCUGGAGGCUCGUAAUUUUGAAGGUCUGACUCCUCUGCAUUGUGCAGUGAUCUCUCACUGUGCCACGAUAAAGGCUAUAAAUGCCUCCUCAUCCUCAACAUGGAUACCUGAUGGCAGUCUCCAGACUCAAGCAGAAGACAAACUGCUGUGUUUGCGGCUUCUUAUUAAUGCGGGAGCUUCAGUUCUCAGCCAGGAAAUCAAAAGCAACAAGACAGUUCUUCACCUGGCAGUGAAGGAGGGGAAUAUCCAUCUUGUGCGCUUCCUCCUCAGCCUCCAAUUCUCCAGUAUGCAGGCGUUCAUCAACAUGAAAGCUCACGGGCACACUGCCCUACACAUGGCCGCGGGGCUGCACGGAAGCCCCUUUCAGGAGGAACUGAUCCGGCUGCUGCUGAGUCGAGGUGCUGAUCCCAGCAUCCGCAACCUGGAGAACGACCAGCCCGCUCAUUUGCUCCAGAGCGGAGACAAAGGAGAGAGACUCAAGCUCAUCUUGAAGAAGAAAAGUGCCUCCUCUAGGCGACGUUUUACAUCCUUACAGGACCAAGAGUGACCAGGACUGAUUUUUAGUCCCAGCGUAUCCCACCUUCUCCAUUAGAAAUGCAAUCAUCAGGAUUUAAUAAUAGUAAGCACACAAAACAUUCAUCUUGAUCAUUUUGCUAACCGUUCACCAUCAAGAUGUGAAUAAUAAUAAAAAAAAAAUGUUAAGAUCAGAAAGAGCUUUAAAAAUAAGACCAAAAUGUAAUCUAUGGAGAAGAAUGGGUUGAUCUUUAGUAUCCUUUUUUUGAGGAUUUUCACAUAUUACAUCAUUUUUAGUAUGACAGUGUAUUUUUUGAAGGAUCUUUCACUGAUUCUGUACCAUAAAGCUGCUUCCCAGUUUAUUUAAAGACGAAUGCAAAUUUAAGUAUGUUCUUGAAUAGUGAUUUCAAUGAAAUCGUCAUGAGGACUGUCAGUACCAGUCGAGUUUCCAUCUUUGAUUAUAAACCAUAUUGGUUUGCAUUUUUAACUCACUGUAUCAGUGGGAUAUUCUUCAUUUGUUUUGAGAUGUAUUUAUAUAGCUUUUGGCUGGUAUACGUUGCAUAUUCUCUGCGCUCGUGCUCAUGUUACUUUCACUCAGGGUGAAGAUCAGUUAUUUAUUUCAUUCUUUGAUAUGAAUGACAUCAGUUCUCUAUGUAAUGCACUUUUCUCAGCAGCACACUUGACAUUAGUUGUCCUUACAAAAGAUGUGUCAUCCAGCCGUGCAUAUGAAUGUGUUAUUUUGAUGAGUCGAUUAUGAGGGGGUGAAAUGUCAGGAGGUUCUGAGGUUAGAAGGUAGUUUUAUCGUCAAGACCUAACAGAAUCAAGAUGUCAGAAUCAUUCAUAUGAUCUAACGAUGUUAUUUCAAUGGAAUAGUAUAAAAAAGGAAAGAUUUAUCUAUGUGGGGAUAGUGUCCAUCUUGUAUCAAGAUUUCAGAUGUUGAGGAUGUUGUUGUUGUUGUUGUUGAGUCAGUGAUAUGCAUGAUUCAUCAUGUUGAAGUACCCAGAGUCCCUCUGGAAAUUCAAAUGAGGGAAAGCACACGCUAAUGUCACUUUCUUGUAAAACAAAGAGGUCUGUGGAUUUAUGAGAAUUGGUUUGAAAGCAAAGUGCAAACUGCCUUCCAAGGAAUUAAUUUAUGAAACUUUGCUCAUGUUUUAAUAAAUAUCACAAACACUCAAUGAAUGAAAGCAUCUGACUAAACCAAAUUCUGGGAGUUUAUAAAGUAGCAUUAAAAUGUGCUUGAUUGUUUGUACAAUUUUUUUUUUUAAAUACUGUUUAUGAAGUGUCAUCUUUAAAAUGCCACAUUUAUAAUUAUUUCGGCAAAUCAUUAAUGUUUUUAUUAAUGUGUUUGUGUGUUUUGCAUUAUAUGUCAACUGACCAAGCCAAAGUAAAUAAAGCUAAAUAAGUAAAGUCCAAGAACAAACCUCUGUAACUCAGGAUCUUUUAUUGAUGUCUUUGGUACAUGACUAACAUUUGGAUGAUUAAUAAAAACACCUUUUCUUAUAGUAA